AUGGAAAACUCAGAUUCCGACGAUAAAGGAGAUGGAUCUGCCGCCCAGCGCAGAAGUCAGAUGGACCGGUUGGUUCAGGAAGAAGAUUUCUAUCGAUUUGUAAAUAACCUGAGUGAAGACGGUUACAAACUUAUGAGGCAUAACAAUUUGCUAGGCACUCCAGGUGAAAAUACAGAAGAAGAGUUGCUGAGAAGACUUCAGCUAAUUAAAGAAAACCCACCACAAAACUCAGAUGAAAAUACAGGUGGAGGAAACUCUUUGGAUAAUGUGUCUAGUGGUGACUAUAUAAAAGACUGGCUCAAGUCUUUCAGACCAACUGAAAAUGUGACAAGUGGGCAAAGAGAAAGCCAGUCUUGGAGAGAAGUCAGCCAGAUUAAUCCAAACAGUGACAAUUUCAGAUUCAGUUCAGAAAUAAAUUUUAACCUUAAUAAUGGGAUCCCAAAUCCAGAGAAUGAAUAUGUACCAUAUACCAGACCUCCCAGAGGAAAAAACAUGGAAAACAGCCAAAGGCAAGUGGAAAAUCCACAAUCUGAAUCAACAUUUACAAGACCAUCUAGAUCAGAAAGAAGUACAACUGAAGCAUUAAUGGAAGUCCCACCUACCAGAGGUAAGCGAAGAGCAAGAAGCAGGAGCCCAGACCAUUGGAGACCCAGAGCAAGAACUGAACAUUGGUCCCCUCCAAAAUCACUGGCUGAAAUUUUACAAAGAUGUCAUCAUAGUAUAUCAUCUCAGACUUUUGAGCAGCCUCUGGUAAAUGAGACUGAGAGAUUUUCUAGAACUCAGCACCAAGAAACACUGAGACAGAAAAUAACUGGACUUGAAUUGCAAAAUAGGAGUCUUUUUGCAACUUCUGGAACAAGGAAUGCCAUUCAAGGAGAAUGUUCUCCAGACACAGCCAGCAUGAAUGGUGAAUCCUGGGGAUUGAGACAGAUAAAUCCAACCAUACUCUUCGAUCUUGAAGUAGGACAAGUUCAUGCAGGAGCAUAUUCUCAGAGAAACAGUACAGCUAGUAGAAUUCAAUUAACAUCUGAGACAUCAAACAAUACUGUCACUUUAGAAAGUGAACAAGGAGGACUUAGGCAUAUGUUUGCACAUUCUGAGCAGGCAGAUGUGAGAGCUUAUGUCAAUACCAUCAGGAUUCCCGUUCGUAGAAUUCCAAACACUGGUUUUAAUGAUACAACAUCUGUUGCAAUUCAGAGCACAUUAAGUCAGACGAUGACAGGAUUUAGUCACUCAAGUAACCUUAUGGACAGUGACAGUGAUUUAGAGCAUAGUGUCUCACCCUCAAGUCAAAACAUGGAAAGGGCAGAGUCACCAAAUGGAGGAGAUGGUUCUGAUGGUGGUAGUAGUUCUGAUUCUAAUUCAUAUCCUAGCUGUGACUCCCAUUCAAGUUCCACACUGAUUUUUAGUCCAAGCUCCAGUUACAUGUCUAGUUCCAAUUCUAGUCCAAUUUCCAGUUCCAGUUCCAGUGACGAAAAUUCAGAAAUUAGCUCAUUGAUGUUUGAAGGCAGUGAUACAAGAAGCACAUCAUCAGGCUCACCAUCAGAGACCAGGCAAGAGAGUACACGUAUGACUCCAACAAUAUUUAAUGAAAGUGACUCUUGGUCCUCCCUUAGUCUGGACUGGUUUUUCCGCUUAAGUCAAGAUGAGUACCAACCUAAAGCACUCACCAAAGCACAGAUUGACAACUUGGCUUUAAGAUCUUUUUGUGAAAAUGAUGCAUUAAGAUCCUGUAGCAUUUGCAUUACAGAGUACACAGAAGGCAACAAGCUAUGCAUCCUACCUUGCUCCCAUGACUAUCAUGUCCACUGCAUCAGUCGCUGGCUGUUUGAGAACUCUACCUGUCCUAUUUGUCGCAGGGAAGUAGUAGAUUCUGGUGAGAGAGAAAAUUCUACUUGA